AAUAUGAAACUCUUUUUGAUCCUGUCCAGUGUGGUCCUCUAUGUGGCACUCACCUCUGCCCAGUCUUGCCCAGGACGUCCACCCUUGCAGGACUGUCUGCACGGCAAGGACGAAGGAGUUGAACACGCAAGGCUUUGCAUUAGAGAUCCCAAUCCAGAGAUGUGGUACUAUAACCACCACGAAAAUAGGUGCAUCAAAAUGAGGUACCUCGGCUGCUUGGGCAACCGCAAUCGCUACUGCAAGUUGACCGACUGUCAACGGGCCUGCGUUCGACGAGUCUAG